CACACUUGGACACAUAAUGGCUAACGAAAUUCUAUUCUUCCAAUUGAACACCGGAGCUAAGAUACCGUCGGUUGGGCUGGGCCCUUGGCUGGCCGAACCUGGUCUCGUCGGUGAUGCUGUAGCCGCCGCCAUCAAGGUUUUUUCUUUUUCUUUUUUUCUUUCACUUUUUUCAAACAAACAUCAAAUGAUGGUCUGUGUAUUGAUUAUAGUUUUUGGUUAUUCUUCAAUGCAGAUUGGUUACCGCCAUAUUGAUUGUGCUCAAGCUUAUAACAACGAGAAGGAGAUUGGUUCAGUAUUGAAGAAGCUCUUUGAAGACGGUGUGGUAAAGCGUGAGGAUUUGUUUAUUGCCUCCAAACUCUGGUGCUAUAAUCAUGAACCAGAAGAUGUGGUACGGGCACUGGAAGGAACUCUCCAGGACUUGCAGAUUGAUUAUGUUGAUUUGUACCUUAUCCAUUGGCCGGUUAAGUUCAAGAAGGGGUCAGUUGGCUUCAAGCCUGAGAACUUUGAUCAACCAGAUAUUCCUAGCACAUGGAAGGCAAUGGAAGCACUCUAUGAUUCUGGGAAGGCUCGUGCUAUUGGUGUGAGUAACUUUUCUUCAAGGAAACUGGGGGAUUUGCUAGAGGUGGCACGUGUUCCUCCUGCUGUGAAUCGGGUGGAGUGUCAUCCUUCAUGGCAGCAGACUAAGCUUCGUGGAUUUUGUCAGUCUAAGGGAGUUCACCUAUCUGGAUAUUCACCUUUAGGAUCGCCUGGCACCACUUGGCUUAAGAGUGAUGUCCUUAAGAAUCCAAUCGUGAUUGCAGUUGCCGAGAAAUUGGGGAAAUCUCCUGCCCAAGUUGCUCUUCGCUGGGGUCUGCAAAUGGGCCAUAGCGUGCUUCCUAAGAGUGUAAAUGAAGUAAGGAUCAAAGAGAACUUCGACGUCUUCCAAUGGUCUAUUCCAGAAGACUUGUUUGCCAAGUUUUCUGAAAUUGAGCAGGCAAGGUUGGUGAAGGGGACAUCAUUUGUCCAUGACACAUUGGGGCCGUACAGGACCAUCGAGGAACUAUGGGAUGGUGAGAUCUAAGCAUUUAAGUGUUUGGAAAUAAGGGUAAUAGAUUUGAUGGUAUGAGCAACAAUGUGUUUGCUUCCUCUUGUGAUUGGGAUUUGUAGAAUAAGCAUUGGCUACUUAUAUUUGUGGGUUCAGUUGAAGUGAUUGUAGUGGAGCAGUAGCUUAUCAUAUUAACGUCAAAAUUCAAAUCCGGUCCUAACAAUUAAUGAUUGGCAAAGAUGCAAAGUGAUUCUACUCUUACAUAUUACACUCUGAA